UAGUAUCAGUUUGUUUACACGGAUUAUUGCAUAUUAUAGCAACAACCAAAAGACGAUAGCUGUGAGCUCAGUUCUUAGCGGUCUUGCUGCACACCCGCACGUACAAGAUGGCACUCAGCAGAGAAGACAUACUGCUGCUGUUUGACGUGGAUGGGACGUUAACUAAACCACGGGUUGCAAUCGAUGACGAGUUCAAACAGUUUCUGUACAAUGAAGUUCGUCCCAGGGCUACGAUCGGUGUCGUCGGAGGGUCCGAUCUGGAGAAAAUGUUUGAACAGUUGAACGGGCGCGAAAUUCUGGAGAAGUUCGAUUACGUCUAUCCGGAAAAUGGUCUGUUGCAGUACGAAAAAGGUGCGGAAGUGGGGAGAGUGUCGAUUGCCGUGCAUUUAGGAGAGGAAGUGCUACAACGAUUUAUAAAUUUCGUUCUGCAUUAUCUCUCAGAACUGAACAUUCCAGUAAAAAGAGGAACGUUUAUUGAGUUCCGGAAUGGUAUGCUGAAUGUUAGUCCUAUAGGAAGGAAUUGUUCCGCGGAGGAAAGGAAGGAAUUCUUUGAGUAUGAUAAAACGAAUCACAUUAGACAGCAGAUGAUCGACGUGUUAAGGAAAGAGUUUAGAGAUGUUGAUUUAACGUAUAGCAUUGGAGGCCAAAUCAGCUUUGAUGUCUUUCCGAACGGUUGGGAUAAGACCUACUGUUUGAAGCAUGCCACCAAAGGGACCAGUUUUAAGGAAAUUCAUUUCUUUGGUGAUAAAACCGAUCCCGGUGGAAACGAUUAUGAAAUCUUUAUGGAUUCUCGAACGAUUGGACACAAGGUUACUAGCCCUGAAGACACGAAACGUCAGUUGAAAGAACUGCUUAACAUUUGAGUUUCCAUAGCAUUUAU